AUGGAUUCUCAGCAAUCAAAGUCCGAUUCCGCCAGGGAAUCUUCCCUCCUGCUGAAGCUCCUCCACUGGCACAAGCUCUUCGAAUCCGACACUCCUCCGCGACUGGGAAUCGAUGUCGACCGACGCAUACCCUACGCUCUCAUGUCAGCAUUCACAUCUGGCAUGGCACUGGGAUAUCUCAAUGGAAGCAAGAAGGCCGGUCUUGUAUUCCGUGCCGAAAACGCCCAUCGGUUCCCUACGACCUCGUCCGGAUGGUUCCAGUACCACAAGACCAAGAACUACAUCUCAGUGGUGGGCGGGGUGAAGGAUGGGUUCAAGUUGGGAUCGAAGCUGGGAGCAGGCGCACUUGCAUUCUGUCUGUUUGAAGAGACGGUGGACUAUGCGCGACAUUAUGAGCGGGACUUUUUGUCGACUGUUACAGCCGGAUUGUCCUGCUCGGGAAUCUACAGUUUACUGGCCCGCCACGACGUCUAUACUGCCGCGCGAACUGCCAAGCUUGGGUUGAAAAUGAGCUUGGUCUACGGGCUCUUGCAAGAUGGCCUGGAAACCAUGAAGGGCAAUCGCCCGGCCUAUAUCGAUUUCCUCAUGGGCAAUCGUCGGUCCAAGCGUACAAACGAGGGCUCAAUCUGAUGUGAUUAGAUCCUAAUCACGUUUGGAUUCAUUUGCUUCCGAUAUCCGGAUUUGGGCCGGCUGGCUUUGUCGGUUAUCGUCUCCGAGAUCCUCCAGAAGAGAAGGCUUCAAGAGUCCGUCAUUUCGGAGGUGUCCCCACCGUUCUUCGGCAUCGAAUUGAAGUGUGAUGGACUGUCACCCAUAUCAAGUAGGCAUCUGUCGUAUGAGCGGUGUGCACCUGCCCACUUUCAGUGUCUUCCCGACGGCCCAGACUGCCGAACUAGGACAAGGCAUCCCCAACCAAGUCUCACAUGGACAUACGGGCAUUCUGGAGCCACCGGAUGGCACGGAUAAAAAUAUUAAGCACUGGAGCUUCGGGAAGUAACCGAUAAAACUCUUGCUUUGGUUGGCACUGGCUCCCAUUCGGGAGAUCAGUUUUACGGGAGCUAGUCUAGCACCUCGCUUUGUACUGUUUGAUGUUUGACUUACAUUUUGAUACCCUGUUUUACUAUUGUAUAUGAAAGCUCUCUAUUCUCUUCCAAUUUACUAUCUGGUCCACUUGCCAUUGAUCAUGACUUCUCACAUGACCCUCGUUGCUGUAACUUUCCCAGGCACGUGAUGAUAUGCGCCCAAUCUUGCAUUUGCAAUAAAAAAAGGAAGUGGCCAUGCCGGACGAGUCAGUAGAAUAUCGCGACCAUUAAAC